AGAGGCAGUUCACAGCAACUCAUUUCUUUCUUCGGGAGAGAGCAAAGGCCAAGGGGCGAAGCGGAAGAGCGAGGCAGCGGGUGACGUCACCAUCCUCCAGGGUUUCCCGAUCGGCGGCGAUGGCGGCCAGGACGGCGGCGAGGUUCGUGCAGCGCAGGCUCCUGUCCUCCGGCGGCAAGGUCCUCAGCGAGGAGGAGAAGGCCGCCGAGAACGUCUACAUCAAGAAAAUGGAACAAGACAAGCUGGAGAAGCUCGCACGCAAGGGUCCCAGCUCAGGAGAGCAAGCUUCAUCAACCACAGGCUCUGCAGCAAGUGACGUGAAGGCCACGGGCGGGCCAACAGAGUCAGCAUCUGCAGGUGUGUCGACUGACAAGAACAGGAACUACGCUGUCUUGGCAGGCACAAUUGCUGCCCUGGGUGGCCUGGGUUGGUAUUUCUUGUCAAAGCCUAAGAAGUCGGAGGAGGUUGUGGACUGAAGAGGGUUUGUGAAUGGGAUCUGCGGACAGUCUGCCUCAUCAGUUUCACCCUGGUUUACUUUCUGCGCAUAGACCUGCACCUUCUUCGUGGAAAUAAUUGUUGAAAUGUACUCUGCACUACUUGUUCUGAGGUGGCAUCAUCGAACUUUGAAGUAUGCACUGGAGACGCUCUGUAGUUUUCUCCCUUGUCAACUCGCAAUGUUGUAUGAUGAUCAGCUACAUCGUUGCUGAAGAGGUUUUUGGGUACUGCUGUUUUUGAAUCUAUGGAACCUGUUGGCUCUAGUCUAUAAUCAGCAGUUCAGCACAUACCUGUUGGCUCGAAUCUAUGGAACCGUUUCUGUGAUACUGAAUGAGAAUUGACAUAACACAUGCGUUGCCAUUUGCC